AUGGUUACUCAAAGAUUCUCGGUUCCCUUUUCUUUGUCACCUUUUCUAUCCCCGAACCCAAGCAGUCCCACCGCGACGGAGCCAUUUAUUCAACAGGCCACCGGAAACACCCCUCAUCCUAGUUCCUCCCCACCUAUCUCAUCUCCAAUCGGACUCACACCAACUGUCCGAUCUCAGUACCCGUACUAUCCUAGUUUAUCACCGGGCGAAGACGCCAGACCAAGAAACACCGACCAACCACGCCAGCAAUCUCUUAAUCGAGCUAUACCAAGGCUAGAUUGUAACUUACCUGAAGUCAAGCAGUGGGUCAAUCAGUGCUAUCAUUGUGGUCAACUCGGCCAUCUCAUGCAUGCGUGCCCUCGAAAGCACUUACCUCGAAUUGCCGAACAUGAGUACGACUGGCGCUACGUCAAGUAUGAUAACUUCACUCCAGCAACCAAGUUGUAUAGUGUGAUGGCUUUAUGGCCAAAAAGCCAACCUCUCGCGCCUCGCACUGUGUAA